AUGCUACCACAAUGCAGAGCGUUACAGGGUAUAUGAAAUCCAACUUCAACGGAGCAAUCUUCUACUCUUAGCUCCAUCCCGUUCGUCGGAGUAGCAGAACAGGAAGUAGCGGCACAGAUAGCAGAAUCAAAUGCGGAAACAUCAGUGGAUAUGGAUGUCCCUAUCACAAGAAACAUCACAGACGCCAUACCUACCAUAAUCACGGCCACAGUACCAUCGAGCACAUCCAAGACAGAAACAGGGAAUCAAAUCUUCGACAACAUAACUGUUAGCGGAACCGAUAAGUAA